GUCUCGUUUUACUCCACUUCCGCUCUCUGGCCUGGGACAGAGCUGCGUGGGGAAGACUUUCUGAAAUGCCGACGGGAGACUUUGAUUCGAAGCCAAGUUGGGCCGACCAGGUGGAAGAGGAGGGAGAGGACGACAAAUGUGUCACCAGUGAGCUCCUCAAGGGGCUCCCUCUGGCCACCGGAGACACCAGCCCAGAGCCUGAGCUACUGCCAGGAGCUCCACUACCACCUCCCAAGGAGGUCAUCAAUGGCAACGUAAAGACAGUGACCGAGUACAAGAUAGAUGAUGAUGGCAAGAAGUUCAAGAUUGUCCGCACCUUCAGGAUUGAGACCCGGAAGGCCUCAAAGGCAGUUGCAAGGAGGAAGAACUGGAAGAAGUUUGGGAACUCAGAGUUUGACCCCCCAGGGCCCAAUGUGGCCACCACUACCGUUAGUGAUGAUGUCUCUAUGACAUUCAUAACCAGCAAAGAGGACCUGAACUGCCAGGAGGAGGAGGACCCAAUGAACAAGCUCAAGGGCCAGAAGAUAGUGUCCUGCCGCAUCUGCAAAGGGGACCACUGGACCACCCGCUGCCCCUACAAGGACACGCUGGGGCCCAUGCAGAAGGAGCUGGCGGAGCAGCUGGGCCUGUCCACUGGCGAGAAAGAGAAGCUGCCAGGAGAGCUGGAGCCUGUGCAGGCGGCUCAGAACAAGACAGGGAAAUAUGUGCCACCAAGCCUGCGGGAUGGGGCCAGUCGCCGUGGGGAGUCCAUGCAGCCUAACCGUAGAGCUGAUGACAAUGCUACCAUCCGUGUCACAAACCUGUCAGAGGACACACGUGAGACUGACCUACAGGAGCUCUUCCGGCCCUUUGGCUCCAUCUCCCGCAUCUACCUGGCUAAGGACAAGACCACUGGCCAGUCCAAGGGCUUUGCCUUCAUAAGCUUCCACCGCCGUGAGGAUGCCGCACGCGCCAUUGCUGGAGUAUCUGGCUUUGGCUACGAUCAUCUCAUCCUCAAUGUUGAGUGGGCCAAGCCAUCUACCAACUGAGCCAGCUGCCAGCUGCCAGCACAGCACUUGGCCCUGGACCCUUGGCAAAAGGAGGCACCCCCUGAUGGGGGCUCCAGCUCCAAGAACAAUAAAAAGGCUCAAGAUGCA